CCGGUGACCACCCUUCCUUCGCUGGGCCCGGCCGGAAGCGGAAGUUGCUGAGGGGUGGGAGAAGUUGUCCGAGAAGUGUCAGGUUACGGUCCCGCUCUCGUCGGGGUUCUAGCGUCAGCUUCCUGAGCAGACCCCCGCCAUGGGCAACACGAGCAGCGAGCGCGCCGCGCUGGAGCGGCAGGGCGGCCACAAGACGGCGCGGAGGGACAGCUCGGGGGGCGCCAAGGAUGGGGACAGGCCCAAGAUCCUGAUGGACAGCCCCGAAGACGCCGACAUCUUCCACUCCGAGGAAAUCAAGGCUCCAGAGAAGGAGGAGUUCCUGGCCUGGCAGCAUGAUCUUGAAGUGAAUGAUAAAGCCCCCGCCCAGGCUCGGCCAACUGUAUUUCGAUGGACAGGGGGUGGAAAAGAGGUCUACUUGUCUGGGUCCUUCAACAACUGGAGCAAACUUCCCCUCACAAGAAGCCAAAAUAACUUUGUAGCCAUCCUGGAUCUGCCUGAAGGAGAGCAUCAGUACAAGUUCUUUGUGGAUGGGCAGUGGACCCACGAUCCUUCUGAGCCAAUAGUAACCAGCCAGCUUGGCACAGUUAACAACAUCAUUCAAGUGAAGAAAACUGACUUUGAAGUAUUUGAUGCUUUAAUGGUGGAUUCCCAAAAGUGCUCCGAUGUGUCUGAGCUGUCCAGCUCCCCACCAGGACCCUACCAUCAGGAGCCUUACAUCUCUAAACCAGAAGAGCGGUUCAAGGCCCCGCCCAUCCUCCCGCCACACCUGCUGCAGGUCAUCCUGAACAAGGACACGGGCAUCUCUUGUGAUCCAGCGCUGCUUCCGGAGCCGAACCACGUCAUGCUGAACCACCUGUAUGCACUCUCUAUCAAGGACGGCGUGAUGGUGCUCAGCGCAACUCACCGGUACAAGAAAAAGUAUGUCACCACCCUGCUGUACAAGCCCAUAUGAGAUGCUGAGAGCCAGCCAUGGACCACAGGGACAGCAGGCAGUGCUGGGCUCUCCAUGUGCAUGCAGAUCCUCACUUCACUCUCUGGGACAUUUUACCCCUGCCCUAGUCCUCCUUGAAGGCUUGUCCAGACACAGCCUCUCUAGGAGAGUCCAGAAAUGGGGAAGGGAUGGCUGCCUGCAGUGCACGAGGCUAGUGUACUCCAAACAUCCCCUCGGCUGCCCAGAGAUGUCUAAAGCCAGACCUGAGUGCUGGCACCUUGCUAGUAAAAACUGGGGAACAGGGACUGAAGCCACACAAAAGUCCUCAUCGUAUUGUCCAGGGUCGAUGGCCUAUCCCUGCUGGAGCCUCGCUGUGGACGUAAGCAAUAUUCAAUGCUGCCUGUCCUUCCAAAUCAAAGCAGUAGAUUGUAGAUUCAAUGGAAACUCAGAUGUCUGAUUUCCAGGUGCAGCUUUGCAAUCAUUGCCCGACACCGUGUGCACUAAGGACCUUUUUAACUAGAGUGGCUGGCUGUCCAGUCCUACCUAAGGCAAUAAGUCACCAGGAUGAAACUAUAGACCGUGUGACUUCGCUCAGCAAUAACUGUCCUCAACAAAAAUUCCAAACCCACUGCCGUAUUCUCCAUUAAGCUGGAUGAUCCUGAGGACUGGCCAGCAUGGAAAGUUGUCCAUUCCUUAUUUCAACUGUAAUGGUGACAGUGUUACCAUGAUGACUGUCAAAGCACCCACCCUUCUUCAGUUCCAGCAUGUGCUGUUCAGCUGGGGACCCGUGUCUCCAGUGAGCAAAGGAUGUCACAGUGGUUGCUAUUGCUCGUUCUAAAAGAACUUGAACCCCUAUAGCAACCACCUAGAUUCUCAGUAGGACAAUGUCUUUGGGAUUCGUGUGAAUGAACCUGUUUUAUACUCAUCUUGAUUUCCCUGGUGAUGCCACAGAUGUGCCCAUUGGUGUAGGUUCCUGUCACCUGUCAGCAGAAAUUACCAAUAUACCCUUUGUUUCUGCUGAACAGGCGGGAACUAGCUCAGUGGUGUCAGUAUCUGGCUGACCUGAGUUUGGGUUCCUUUUUGUUACUGUUUUCAAAACACUGAAUUGCUGUCAUCUUGAUGUGUAAGUUUCAAUAAAGAUUUGUAAAACUAA